AUGCUUCAACCAUCAUCAUCCAAUGUAUCUUCAGAUACACAUGAUCCUCCAUCUUCAAAACGUAAACGGGAUACUCGCUCAUCCGUAAACAAUGCUCUUCGAAGACAACCUCAUCGCACUGCCAAGGCAUCAUCGUCAUCAUCAUCUUCUUCAUCAUCAUCAUCACCAUCACCCGCAGCCCAUGAUACAAUACACAACAUGCGCACACAGAAACAUCGGCUAUCUGUAACCAAGAACCAUCCACGAAAACAAAGAAAGAAGGGGAGCACAGCUGCUGAUCACUUCACUAGAGCCAACAACAAGAUCGAUAACACACAAAAGGAUAAUGACAAAAAGAUACAGCCACCAUCAUUAUCAAAGCACUCGACACCACCAUCAUCCCAGCAACAAUCUGGGCCAUUGCCUUUUCAUGUGGGCGACCGGGUGGAAGCACUGAAACAAAUGGAUGAUGGUACAAAAGAAUGGUACUGCGCCCGUGUUGUGACCAUUCAACAAGACGACAAUGACGAUGGACCAUGGAUAUUUGUACACUAUGAAGGAUGGGAUGCUAGCCAUGCUGAUUGGGUUAGCUAUGAAUCGAUCCGGUGGGAUGGAGCAGUGCGUUUGCAAUAUGGGCCAAAGGGCAAAGAAAGUGAUGCUUCUUGGAAGGAUUAUCGGACUUUCUGCAACUCCAAGGAAGCUGAAAUGUAUGUGAAGCACCACACAGGCCUUGUUCAAGAUCCACAGAUGUUGUGGCACACAUGCCCUUGUCAUUCAAAGAGAGCGAAUCAUCCGGAAAGGCCUGAACGUAUUAAUUCCAUCCUACAAGCAUUACAUGCGAAUCGACUCCUCAGGUUUUUCCAGCGGAUCCACGCACGAGAAGCCACCCUCGAAGAACUUGUACUCGUGCAUACACAUUCUCAUGUCCGCAAUUAUUGUCCUCCUAUCAAGCACCAUUCAUCAUCAUCAUCGUCACCAUCACCAUCACCUAAUAUUAUCGAAUCGAACGCAUCUUCACCUCGUACAACAACAACGCAUCCUCCCACAUCAAUCCAAGCUUUAUUAAAUCCAACUACGCCAUCUCCCUCCACUUCACGAGCAUCAUCACCAACAAUCACUGUACCCUCACAACCACCAUCCCCUGCAUCGCCAUCCAAAGACAAGGAAUUACUACUAUCAUCAUCAUCAUCAUCACCGGCAGUAGUAAGAAGGACGCAUGGUGUGGAAGGUGGUGAAGUCGUCAAAGUCGACAGAAACCUCAUCAAGCAACAACAACGCAAGUUUUCAACAGCAGCUGCAGCAGCAGCCAUGGACCAGGAUUAUCAUCAUUUGAGUGACAAGGCUCUUAAUAUGGUCACACCACCUGGUCUCAUAUUCCAAAUGACCUGUGGCGAAUUGGGCAUUGCUGUGGAUACACCAUUUCAUCCUCUUUAUAGCACCAUCUCGGCACGCGUAGCUGCAGGCGCUCUGUUGGAACUAGUGGAUCAUGUGGUGGAGGGGACACUGCACAAUGGAUUUGCUCUCAUUCGUCCACCAGGACAUCACGCCGAAGAUGACGGUGCCAUGGGAUUCUGUUUCUUCAACAAUGUUGCCGUCGCUGUAGCAUCGACCUUACGAAAGCACGCCGACACGAUUAAAAAGGUGCUCGUCAUUGACUGUCACGGCAACGGGACACAAAAGAUCUUUUAUGACAACCCCAAUGUUUUAUACAUCUCUUUGCAUCGAUGGGAAAAUGGCAACUUUUAUCCGUUCAGUGGCUCUCCCGAUGAAUGUGGUCAAGGUGAAGGGCUUGGUAGAAAUGUCAACAUUGCGUUCAAUUCUCCUGACGACAAAUGCAAACCGAUGGGUGAUGUUGAAUUGGUUGCGGCGUUUUAUCACCUUGUCUUACCGAUAGCACGUCAAUUUGCACCCGACAUGAUUUUUGUAUCCGCUGGUUUUGAUGCUGCUGAAGGUCAUCCGGAAAAUAUUGGAGGAUAUCAAGUGACACCACGAGGUUUUGCGCUAUUGACAAAGAUGACCAAGGAGCUUGCUGAGCAAGUGUGCGAGGGACGGCUUGUAUUGAGCUUGGAAGGUGGCUAUGAGCUUGAACCACUUGCCAAGAGUGUGGCGGCUAGUGUGGCUCAGCUUUUACCUGCGCCUCUUGUCCCGGAUGCCCAACUUGAAUAUGAGGAAUCGUUAAACACAAUCAAGCCCAAUCGUGGUGCAGUUGAUUCUUUGAGACGAGUAGCCGAGGUUCAACAACAUUAUUGGGAUCUUCCAGAAGAAUGCACAUCACCCGGUUUUCGAUUCAUGUUGCCAGAAGAAUGGCGUGCUAGAGACAACUUUGCAACACGACCACGACGAUCUGUCAAACCAGUCAAACCACCUCUCAACAUUGAAGGAUAUUAA